CAGCACAUGUCCAACACGUGGUGCUAAAACUUGUCACUCAAUUACGCUGCCACCUUCCCCUUCUCUGCCUCCAUAUAGUUCCCGUUUGCAUGGCAAAGAUUUAGGGUUAAAAACUGGAAAAAGAAGAAGAAGAAGCUAUAGCCAAAGAAGACAACGUUUGCAAGGAGAAUCUUAAAGAUCAUCAACAAUGGCUGCCUCGUUAAUAGCUAAGACCGCCAUGUUCCAGCUUUCGAAAGCGUUCCCUAAAACCCUUUCUCUUCGACCCUCCAUAAAAGUCUCACGAAUCUGCUUAUCCACCGCCGCCUCGAAACGCCCCGAGGGUAGAGAUGCAUAUGAAAGCGCAAACCCCAGAGCUGAGUUCGCCUACAGGGUGGAUACCUCAUCCGAUGAAGACUACGCACACGACGCCAAGGAAAAAACGGAAGAAACCGCCGGAAUGGCCUCCGACAAAGCGAAUGAAAUGACGGACAGAGCGGCGGAGACUUCCAGAAGCGCCAACGAGACGAUGAGACAGAAAGCUAACGAGUACGCGCAGGAUACCAAAGAGAUUGCCCAAAGCGCGAGAGAUAAGGCAAAGGAAGGCACCGAGAAGGCUUCGCAAACUGCGCACGAAUGGAAGGAGAAAUCUAAGGAGGGAGCGCAUGGUGUGACGGAGAAGACCGAGGAGGUUGCCGGUACGGUUGUUGGUAAGGCGAAGCAGACGGCACAAGGAGCUUGGGAUGCGGCGAAGGGGACGGGUCAGAAGAUAAAGGAGACGGUGGUCGGAAAAAACAAGGAGGGGAAGAUGGAUGAAGAUGUUGUGGAUUUGAGGAGGCGUGUUGAGCUAGAAGGUGAUGAGAGGAAGUAUUGA